AUGUCUGGAGGACUUGGAGGAGGUGUCUUCUCCCGACUACUGUCACUAUGGCAAACGCUGCGUAGUGAAACUGUGCGGUUCGUCGAUGCAGUGACAAAUCCUGUGUCGCAUGCUCCGCCUGAAGUCGAAGAAAAUGCCGGCAAAAGCCCCGAUGUAUCUCCAGCCGGCUCAUUGAGCACCACGGAGGGUUUGGAUGAGUUGAUGGCAAGUGAGGUCUCCGGCAGUGAUCGUUCGUCAACGAAUUCUUCCGAUGCCAUUGAUGACGCCAACGAGUUCAUAACAAUGCUCGAGGAGGACCGCAGCGACGCUGAAGGCCUGAAAGAGACCCUAGACACGUCAUGCGCUAAAUACCGUACCGAUGUUCCAUUGGAAGACCUGCUUGAGGUCACCGUUGGCCUACACAAGAAUGUGGAGAGGCGUGUUGAGGCUCUUCUGGACAAACUAUCUGAUGAAGACGUGACCAUUGAAUGCCCAAAGGCGGACCUACCCGAAACAAUCCCCGAGGCAGUGCACGAGGCGGGAGCCAAGGAAAAAGCCCUGGUACUGAAACGUGGCCGUUGCCGUCGAAGCCAACGUAACCUGUAUCCGACCCCAAAGCUGGACGAAAGUCGCCCACCCAAGGUCUCCAAAAAGUCAGAGCCAACUGAUCUGAAGCAACUCGACCUGUCCAAAGAGACGCGUCAGUUGCUUGAGCUUGAUUCUCCGCUGCACAGCAAGUCCCAUGACUAA